CCCCGCCUCCUGAGGCGUCGGAGCUAUGGGCUGGGAAGCGGCUUAUAAGGGCCCGCCCGGGUCCGCUGGGCGCCAUCCAGCUUUCUCGCUUCGUCCGCCCUUCACUUACCCACCCACCCCUUUCUUUAUUAUUUGUCUUUCGUUUCGACGCCUAUCCUUAUUAUCGACACCAUGAAGACCGCCGUUGCAUUCUCUGCCCUGCUUGCGUCUGCGGGCCCCGCGCUCGCGGCGUAUGUCAAGUCGGAGAGCUUUGUGGGCCAGAGCUUCUACGAUGGGUUCGACUUUCAGGCGAUCGCGGACCCGACGCACGGCCGCGUCAACUACGUGGACGCGCAGACUGCGAAGGACAAGAACUUGACCUACGCGUCGGCGGACUCGUUCGUCCUCCGGGUGGACAGCACCACCGUGCUCGACCCCGCCGGCGCCGGCCGUGACUCUGUUCGCAUCCGCUCGAAGAACACCUACACCACUCAUGUCCUUGUCGCCGACGUCCGCCACAUGCCGCAAGGCUGCGGUACCUGGCCCGCGAUCUGGGAGACGAACGAGGCCACCUGGCCCGCGGGCGGCGAGGUCGACAUCCUCGAGGGCGUGAACGACGUCGUCCCCAACGCGGCCACCCUGCACACCUCCCCCGGCUGCACCAUGCCCGCGACGCGCGACGAGCUCGGCACGCCGACGCAGCCCGAUUGCGACACCGCCGUGAACGGCAACGCCGGCUGCGGCGUCAAGUUCUCGGACGCGACGAGCUUCGGCCCCGCGCUCAACGCGCAGGGCGGCGGCUGGUACGCGAUGGAGCGCACCGACUCCUUCAUCAAGGUCUGGUUCUGGCCGCGCGGCGCCGCGGACGUGCCCAUCGGCGUCUCCGAGGGCCACGACGACGUCGACACGGCGAACUGGGGCACCCCGCAGGCGUUCUUCCCGAGCGACACGUGCAACAUCGCGGAGCACUUCGAUGCGCACAACAUCAUCAUCAACCUGACGCUCUGCGGUGACUGGGCCGGCGCUACCUUUAACACCGACGGUUGCUCUGGCGUCUGCGUCGACGUCGCCAACAGCCAGCCGGACGCGUUCAAGGACGCGUACUUCGACAUCGCCGCCAUCAACGUCUACAAGGCGCAGUAAAUUAUCCUUUUUAUCGCUAUUUAUUCCUUGGGUUGUAGUACCACCAUGCAGUGUACUGGGUUGUACGAGAAGCUGUGUACAGUCUAGGGUCCUGUGUAGUGUCAAAAUGUCUACCGUGAAGUCCUUGACUUGAACUAUGUCCUGCCCGAUGUGUGCCUGGAGGAUAGUGCAAACCUGACGAACAGCAAUAUUGAAGUGCGCUAAAGGAACAACCGAAAGAGGAAGGCUUU